AAAAUGUAUGAUAGUUGGUCUAUUGAAAUCAACGUGAUAAAUUAUUCGGGUUCAUUUAUGACGUGAAGAUCACUUGAAUGUUCACCUUGGAUCAAGGUAGACAUUGCUUCCCACGAUGCCGAAGAAAGAGGUCUGGCCAACCAUUGAUCAGAAGACCAACGUCACCCCGACUCCAAAUUGGGAAGGGCGUGUUCAAGAGAACACAAAGGAGUAUUUUGAAGAGACCUCCCUCCAUGGUCUCAAAUAUUUGGCACAACCUCGAGUGUCAAAACCAGAGAGGGUCUUCUGGUUUGUGGCCGUGUUUCUUUCCUGGUUCUUUUCGGGGUAUAUGAUUUAUCAGGUAUGCAUAAAGUGGCAGCAAAGUCCAGUUCUAGUCUCCUUUGAUUCCACGCCAGUCCCGAUUUGGAAGGUUCCAUUUCCUUCAUUCACCGUCUGCAAUAUGAAUAAGGUGAUGAGGUCCAAAGUAAUAAGUAUUGAAAAGGCUCUGGAACAAAAUCAAUCCAAUCCCGAUUUCGUGACUGAGCGGAUGUUUGUGGACGAGAUUUGUGGAUCAGAAACCGCUUCAAAAAUAGAGGGCCAACAUAACCUUAACUUGACGGGAGAUGAUCUCCAUCACUUUUUGAGCCAUUUAAGCCAGCCGUGUUCGUCCAUGAUGCUUCGAUGUCACUUUGAAGGCUUUCAUCGAAACUGCGGCGACAUUUUCACACCCGUUAUAACGGAUGAAGGCCAAUGUUGUGCUUUCAACAUCAUGCCCGAGAGCAUCAUGUUCAAAAACACGGGACCCAAGCAGGAUCAUGAUGAGCAAGAAGAGAAGCGAUGGGCCAAUUGGGACAUUCAAAAUGGUUACACCGACACGAAUGGAGCCUCGACGAAUUUGUCUACCACAUAUGAGUUCAUGCCCAGGAGAGCUCUAGCCCCCGGUCUGCAUAUGGGCCUUAGCGUCAUGUUGGAUGUUCAAGAAAGCGAAUACUUCUGUACAGGCUCGGAAUCUGUCGGAUUUAAGGCGUUGUUUCAUACACCAGCCACGUUACCGGAAAUGAUUGAAUACGGGUUCGCCAUUUCCCCUGGAUCCGAGACGUUCUUCACGAUAAAUCCAACAUUGAUGCAUGCUCAGGAAAGCAUUCAUGGCAUUAGUUACACUAAACGCCAAUGCUACCUUCAACACGAAAAAGAUUUAAGAUUUUUCAGACACUACACAUUCUUGAAUUGCUUUAUGGAAUGUGUGUCAAACUUCACAUUUAGGACCUGCGGCUGCGUUGCUUAUUACAUGCCUAGAAACUCUAGUUAUAUGCCAAUUUGUGGACCUAAAUUGGCCAAAUGCGUAUUCGACUCGGUCACGGAAGUAGAAAGAUCCACGUUGUCGGACACGAAAGAAAACAAAGGCUCGGGAUGUGAAUGUUUACCUCCUUGUACGGAUAUCAAUUUCCCCCAUGUUUCUUCCACCACCAAACUAAGGUCGAGCACACUCAAAAUGAGUCAAGAAUUGAAAGAAACCCACCCAAAGCUCCUCAAUGACAGCUAUGUGCAUGACAACGUGGCCAUUGUGAACAUCUUCUUUAAAGACCAACACUUUAUGAGGCACGAACGGAGUGAGCUCUUUGGCAUUACCGACUUCUUCGCCAACAUUGGAGGGCUGAUGGGAUUAUGCAUGGGAUUUAGUAUCUUGAGUUUGGUGGAGUUCGUCUACUUCUUCUCUCUCAGACUUAUUUUGCAUAUUCAAGCGCAGAAGUCAAAGUCUUAAAAGGCUAAGAUUAACGUAGGGUCUUGAUUGAAAAUGAAAGACAAACUACGCUUGACGACUUUUCGGCUUAUCAUUGACAAUCUUAUCCAACGGCAAUGUCAGUCUACAAUCAAGCUUUGUUCCAAUGUGUCCCCAUAUGGCAAACCAUAUGGUUCCUAGAAACGUGGAACGAAACGAAAAAAAAGCAAUUUCAUCCUCCUUGUAUCUAGGCGAUAUGGUGUGGUCGCCUCAUUAAUUUUGUUCGUUAAAAUUUGUGGUUGCAUAAAAUCUCCAAUAAAAAAUGACGGAAGUACGUCAACGCA